AUGGCGUACUCCAACGUUCCGACGUACUCCCCGGGGGUACUGGUGGGCAACUGGUUUGAGGACAUUGCCCUCCGAGAAGAUCAGCUGAAGCUGUACAAGGAGCAACGACAUGCCGCAGAGGAGCACCCCGAGAAGGCGGCAACAAACGCCGUAGUGCGUUCGAUGCUCGCGAGUCAGCUGGAAGAACCGACCACUGUCGUUGCAUUCAAGGGAGAUGAUGUGCGCAUAGGGCACCCCUACCUGUUGGUGAACGACAAGACACAGGCUGUUCUGGCUUUAGACCUAAUGACUGGCGGUGGUGCCUCCUCCCAGUCGCAGCAGUACACCCUGUCUGGGUCUUUGGCCCCUGGCCCGCAGGUGCGCUCCACCUGGACUCUGCUACGGUGCAAAGACGAGCACAACCACAGCUACAACCGCAACAGCUCAGAUGUGCUGCACUACGGCCAGCGAGUUCGCAUCGCAAACGAAAACGUGAGCGCCAAGGGCUUCCUGUACGUGCAGUCCUCCCUGUCAUCCGGCCUUCACUCAUCGGAGGUGCAGUACGCCGUGGCCGCCCUCAACGCCUGCGCAGACAACGUGUUUGUAGUGAGCCGCGCCGGCACGGUGCGCGACGAUGUGCACUUCGGUUUCCCUGUGAAGGUUGGCGACGGCGUGGUGCUUCUGCACUCCCUCACAAACCUACCUCUCGCCUGCAACGGUGAGCGCGCGGCCACGUCGUACGGCAUGGAGUACGCCGUCACGUGCGGCUACACCACUGACUACUGCUCUCGCUCUCGGGGGGCGGUCGUGGUGAAGCCGGAGAACGUCUUCUACUUCUCUGGCGGUGAUGGCACGGAUGCAGUGCUGAUGAGGCCAAGAACGUCCUCCAGGCACCAGAGCAGGUCAUCGGUCGUGCUCACAAUGACAACCGGCACCGGUGUGACGGCGUUGCUGGAGCGCAUUCGCCAGGGCGCCCUUGAGAUUGGUGGACGCAUUGGCUUCCGCUCCCUUUCCAUCGCCCUCGGCGUGGCGUGCAACGAGCAGCGGCAACGUCGCUUCCUUGACCGCAACGAGCUUCGCAAGGCGAUUGCUCGACUUGGUGUCCUUCUGAGUCCCAACGAGACGGAUGUACUCAUGAAGCGCUUCGACACAACCGGCAACAACGUCGUGUGCGCGCAGGACUUCCUGGCCGAGUUGCGCGGCACGAUGCCGCUGCCCCGCAUGCAGACGGUCAUCUACGCGUACCAGCAGCUCAGCAUUGAGGGGCGGGGGUCUGUUGAGUUCAAGGAUAUGUGCAGUCUUUUCUGUCUCAACGCAGCCACAAUCCCGGAUGUCGUCGACGGCGUCCUUCAACGCGAGGAGGCUGUACUCGACUUUGAGAGUUGCUGGCCAGGACGUGUGGGGUGCAAGGUCGGCACCGUCACUCUUGACGAAUUUGUCGAGUACUACGCAGAUGUGUCGCCCGCGGAGGAGUCUGACGAGCGCUUCUGCAAGCUGCUCCAGCAGUCGUGGGCUAUUCCCGCCACCUCUGCCUACCUGUCUGGCGAACCGCACCGCCUCCUCACCGUGACGUACGACGACAAGCCGACGGAGACGGUGCGUCUUCCCGACUCGCUGGUGCUGGACACACAAGACCGAAAGGCUGUGAAGCGCCUCCUGAUUCAACGCGGUCUACGUGGCGUGAAGGACUUCACUCUCUCCACCAACAUGUAG